AUGAAUGAAAAGAAACCAAUUAGAAUUGAUUCGGUUAUGUUCAGCAACAGAAAGGAGAGAGCUGAACUACUGGAGGCUUUGAUUAUCGGUGAUAAAGACGCAACUGCUACUACCUACCCCCAGGUUUGCAGCGGUUCGAUCAUAACCUAUUCCAAGUAUAACACGUUCAGAAUUCAUCUAUUGUGGGGAGAAAAUGACAAGAUUUUCAACUUGGAAGUAGCCCAUAACAUAAAAGAGUUGAACCAUUUCAAACAUGAUCACAGGCAAUUGGGAGGCAAACCCACCUUGCACUAUAUUGAAAAGGCAGGGCAUCUUGUUGGGCUGGAGCGGCCUUUCAUAUACACUCGCCACCUCAAGAGAAUUCUUGCAUCCUUAGAUGGAGAAAGGCUCCAGAAAAUGAACUGA